CAAGGUCUGGAUUCUGUUGGCUCCGAUGUCCCUUUCUCUCGGAUCCGCACUGGCUUCUCUCGGAUCCACCUUCUAAAAAAAGCUUGCAGGCUUGCCAGUGUGACAUCAAUAUACGUGCCAUUGGAUAGCUUGGGGACCUUGCUUGCGCCCCGAUUAUCGGACAAAAAGUAUACUACACCUGACGGGUCACAACAGGACAUAAUCAAUUUCAGGACGGCUACUUAAGGACAUUACGUGGUGUGGAAUAACAAUGCAUCUUACAUUUUCCACUUCACUCAUCUAUAUCCUGAGCAAUGUCAUCUCGCAUAGUUGCCGUGUUUGGAGCCACCGGGACUCAAGGCUCGUCUGUCGUUCAAGCCAUACUAUUGGAUGGUACAUUCAUUCCUCGUGCAAUCACCCGAAACUCGAAUUCGGAGAAAGCGACGAAACUGAAGGCUCUUGGGGCUGAAGUUGCUCAAGCCGAUUUAUGGGACAUCGACUCGUUGAAGCAAGUCCUGUCAGGUGUUGAGGCCGUCUAUGGGGUAACCGACUAUUAUGAUCCCAAAAACUCCGCUCAAGGUCACAAUAGCGAAAUGCUACUCGGGAAGAAUCUUGUUGACGCUGCUAAAGCGACGCAUGUCAAGUACUUCAUUUGGAGUUCUCUUCCGCACUGUACGAAGGUUUCCAACGGAAAGUAUCUGAAUGUCCACCACUUCGAUAACAAAGCUAACGUGGAGGACUAUCUCAGGGACUCCGGUGUACCUCAUUCCAUCCUGCACAACGGCUGGUUUUCAGAGAAUCUCUGGAAUUACAAUAAUCUUGUCCCGGUGCCGGACUCCGACUGCCUAGAACUAACGGUGCCCAGAUAUGAUCCCCAUUCUCCUCAGUAUAUUAUAUGGGUUGAGCGGGAUCUUGGCCAGUGUGCAUUGGCACUUCUAAAGCACUACAAAGAUUGUGAAUCAGAAGUUCUCUCCCACACGUUCUAUGCCGCCAGUGCAAAGUUGAGCUACACCCAGUUUGCAUCAAUCCUUCAGCGGGCACUGGAGAAGCCGGUGUCUUUUGUGUCCUCCGCCUCAACUGGAAUGCAGGAACUGGACGACAUGUAUGCUUUCCAGUCCGAGUUUGGGCUGUACCCGUAUACCGCUAUCCCUGAUCCACGAUUAAUUAACUUAGGAGUGAAAUUCCACACCAUGGAGGAAUUUUCGCGGGAAAUCAAAAGCAGAUAUGCUUGAAUCUCGUUUCGAACGAAAGACGUUUUGGCAACUACUUGAUUUUUUUGACCUUUUCUGCAUGCACUCUUUAUGGUUACCAAGAUAAAUGUAUGAUUGAGUGUGCGAUAACGCGCAAGCUUACUUCGCACAGAAAAUAGUGGGGUCUGGUACAAGGUCGCCGUCGAAGAAUGUCAAGACACCUUAUUGUCUGCAGUUCUUUUAU